CUGGCGCCACCGCCUAUGCCUCCCCUCCCUGCGCCCGCCGCCCCGCUCCCUCCCUGCGCCCGCCGCCCCGCUCUCACUUGUCCUCGUUGUCAGACAUGUUGCCCGCCGGGCGCUCCUGACCGGCACUUCCGGGAGCAACUUCCGGCCGCUGCCGUGACGCUACCGGAAGUCAUCCCGCGCUGUUGCCCUGGCGACCGCCGCCGCUGCCCCGUCCCGCCCGUGGCGAUGGAGGCCGCAGGGUCCCCGGGCCGCGGCAGGCUCUCGGCGGCGGGCAGGCCGGCCCGGUACAGCACAGGCACCCGGGAGUUAGUGAGAGGGAUGAUGGAGGAGUUGCAGAUGACGCAUUCCCAGAAGCGAUACCUGAUGGACUAUGUGAAACGCGGAGACGCCCUGCCCCUUCAGAGAUUCUCCCCAUCCAGCAAACAGCCAGUAACUGUUUCCUCCCCAGCAGCCUGUCAGCCACACAGGCUUCCAGCUAGACCGCUUCUCCGACCUGCCAGGGUCUGCCAGGCAGGGGAUGCCUACACCCGGGAGAAAUUCAAGCCACAGCCCACACGAGAUUUGGAAAAGGAGAAGAGAAGACUUCAGAACAUUUUAGCAUCAGGGAAGGAUGAGGUGGAGGAGAAGGUGGAGCAGGUGUUCAUUCAGAAAAAGGAAGAGGAGAUAGCUGAGGCUGACCGGUUUGAAGAAUUGAUGAAUGAAAUUCAAGAGAGGAGGGAAUUCCUGGAAGAAAUGGAAGCUCUAGGACAGGGCAAGAAGUAUCAAGGGGUCAUCCUCACUGAAAUCUCACAGAAAUUGAAUGAGAUGGAGAGCAUUGACAAGAAGAGAAGUGAGGAAAUGAGAAAUAUCAUGACAAAAGCCUUCCCUGUUGGGAACAAAUCCAAUCUCCAAGACUAGGCCAAGGGCAAAACACAGGUGCAAUUUGUUCCCACCUAUUCUUCCCAGACUCUGGGCAUCAGAGGCUAGUCUGUGUCUGUUUCCAAAGAGGGGGCAGCACGAUCUGUUGCCAGAAACUAGAAGGCAGGACCAAUUUGUACAUACACGGUGACAGAAGUUGUAAAAUCCUUCCCACACACUGGAUCCCUUCUUGCUCAAUAAUAUUAAAGACAUGAAAACACA